AACCACUACUAGCGCACCAAGACUUUUCACAAUACCGAUUGAAGUUUUUGAGAAAAUUUUAGAUAAGCUGGAGCCCAUUGACCUUCUUAUUUUUCGAAAAGUUUCAAAAAACCUGCGAAGAUUCCUGGAAAACAGAAAUUUCGGCAUAAAAGAGAUUCAAAUCACAAUUUUAACAUACUGGGCCUGCUUACGCCUAGACCAAAACCAAAUCGAAUAUAAAAAUGAAAAGGAUAGUUGUAUCACUACUUUCCGAUACCGGAAGAUUGAAGUCAAAGAAGGAAACUAUAUGGAAAUGGCUUUGAACGAUUUUUCUCAAUUGAUGAAAAAUCCCAAGCUGAAAUUGAAUCGAUUUCGCGUGUACCUUUUCACGAAAUUCGAGCCGGAAUUACGUGACAAAUGCUUGAAGUCUUUAAUGCAAAUUUUCAGUUCUGCAAAAGUUUUGAGAGUUAAACAGUCGGUGUUUGAAAAUUUGAGCUCAUCUGAAAUUGGUAAGCUUUUGCCAUACUUGGCGGCAUGAACACUUAGAGAAAUACGAUUAUUCAACCGAAAUACGACAUGCAAUUUGGAGCAGUUAACUGAUUUGGAUCAAUGGAAAAAGGCAAAAACUUUGGUCGCCAAUGUUGGAAAUUAUGUGUUGCCUUUGAAAAAUCUAUUCAAUUUUAAAAGGUUCAAAAUAAAACUGGUCUCGUUUUCGAUAGAAGAUGCUAUCACAGUCAAAAAUCUUCUGGAACAGUCUAUCGCCUUAAAAUCUGUACAUUUGGAAUUCCCACCGUGUGAAUUUUUAGAAACAGCCAAAAUCUUCAAUCCGAACUUUGCCGGAGGAGAUCAAUUUUCUAUAAAUGUUGUGGUAACAUCUGGAAAUUUUUAAAU